UUUUUUCUUUCAAUUAAAAAAAAGUAAAACUUUAUCCAAAAUACUAGAGCAUAAGUAAACAAAUUUUCAGACAAAAUAAUAAUUUAAAAAAAAAAAAAACACGAACCAAAGUUUUCUUUACUUAAACAUCUUUGCAUGCUUGGAUUCAUGUCUUUUCUCAUGUUAUCUUACUCCUGUGCAGGUGCUUCUUACUUAUCUUUGUGAAGAACUGAUUUGAUGAUCACCUGACCUGCUACCAAGAAAAGUCCCCCUGAAAGUUUAAUUGCAUUGAUGGUAGUUAAACAUUUCCCCAAAAGCACUAUGAAAAGCAGAUUUAGAGCGUGCUUAACCACAUAGGGGCUAAGAAUCAAGAUUAUUGCACCAGUUGUUUUUAACUCUCUCUAAAAAAAGAAAUCAGUAACAUGUUGGCCUAAAAAUUUAUAUGAACUUGUUUUAUUUUGCAUUAUCAUUUGUUUCAUACACAGCUGACAUUUUUACUGCACAUAUAGUGAAAGGUAAGUUUAUUUAUAUCAAAACAUAAAUCACAUAAAAGCAACUAAAUGUGCUUUUCAAAAGCAAAUUAAAAAACAUAUUAAACUAAAGAAACAAUACCAAGCAAAAUAAUCCAUAAUGUAAGACAACACAAAGUGUAAAAGUUGCUCGAUAGCAAUCAAAGGAGGUUUUAAAACUAUGGUUAUAUGUUUCUUUUAAUCUGUAGCUAUAUCUUGCCCUAUAGAUGUGUAACUUGUGUUUUUUUGGAAAAAAAAAAAAAAAAAAACACCUGCUUUGUUUUAAAUGUCAGAUCAAUAUUUGCAGCGGGAUCAGCACAAAAAGUUUUUUUUUCUUUUAGUAUUUAGUUAAUACUGUAUGACCACUGUAGAGCCAUGUCUGUUUUUAAUGCAGUGCUUCCUGGGGGCCUGCAGAUCAGGAACAUCCAAGUGUUUGUUUUUGUCCUUGUCCCUUUUACAGAGAUUUCUCCACAUCCUCUGAGUCAUUAACAAUAGUAUGUGUUGUAGAUGCGGAAAAUCUCAAAUCCUUCACAGUUUUACUCUCAGAAAUAUUUUAGUUUAUCAUGUUAAUGACCUGUGGAAAAUUAAUCUAAUUUGUUUGUGGAUGCUCCUCUAGUUUUUGUCUGGUUGUUUGCUAUUUUGGUUUUACACUCAACUCUGUCUCCAAUCUUUUGCGGUUUUAAUUUAAUUUUUUUAAAGAUUUGUAAACCAUCAAACCUGUAUUUAUUUACAUAUUGCACAGCUUUGCAACUUUUCCGGAAUUGGGGUUGUACCCAAUAUAAGUCUAGCAAAUCCUUACACUGAUUAAAAUCAUACAUGCUAAGUUAUAUUUAAUAAAGAGACAUAGGGGAUAAUCCAGUGUAGCUGUGUAAAUGUGGGUAUACAGACUUCUCAGUUUUGAAAAAUACAUUUUGAUGAUAUGAAAAUGUCUGAUCUAUAUUUAAUCUGACUAUUCCCUUUUCAGAGAAAUUUCUUCUCUCUCUUACUCAUGUCCUAAAAUAUGAGAAAAAAUAUUGAAUAAAUGCACCACAAUUUUCAAAAAUAUAAAUCCUUAUCUCUGUCUUUCUUGAUAUCAUGUAUAAAGAUUCACAAAUGGUUAUAAUUUAAAGAAAUUAUAUGUUUCUUGUGUGUUGUAAUAUCUCACCAUGAAUUUUGACGUGUACCUAUUCAAAUAUAAGCUCAACAAUAUAUAUCCCUUACCCUUGGCUAGAUUUCAUUCUUAACCUCGCACAGACUCGUCUGUAAAUACGGUUUCAGACGGCUGGUGUAAAGCUUGAUUGUUCGGGGGGAGAAAAGCUCAAUCAAAACUGUCCUUUUCAUAUCAAAUAUCUUCAUGUGCAUGCAGCAUCUGCUCAAAUGAGCCACAUUUGCAUGCAGAGGGCUGGCCGUUGUUUUGUUGCAUUCCUGCAGAGGGUUUGACCUUUGACCUGGUUGUUGCAUUCCAUAGAGGCUUGUCCUGCAGCAGCUCCUCACCAGCCCUGCACUCACUCUGCUCCUGAGCUCCACAGAGACGAUAUGUGCUGAGCUAGUCCAGAAACGGCACUGCACUCAGUAGAGACAGUUAACAGAGACCAGCAGACGCCAUAGCACCGUCCCGAGCUGAAGGAACGGCUUGUUUUGGCUCUACACAGUGAACCUGGAGCGCAGUUAGCCAUUUUGCUAAGCAGCUAAACCGUUUUGCUUUGUAGACCCUCGGCAGCAGCAGCAGCAGACUGUCCGCAGACACCAGAGCAGAGGAAAUGAAGGACAAACAAAAGAGAAAGAAGGAGCGGACCUGGGCUGAGGCGGCCCGCAUGGUAAACAGUCUGAUUCAAGCCUUUCAUUAGCUGCAUGUAAAUGACCGUGUGUGUGUGUGUGAAGUGUGAAGGAUGGAUCCAGAUGUGUUGUUGUGUUUGGAAAUUCAACUCACGACCACAGCCUGGACUCUGCUUGGACUACCGCUAGCUCACGCUAACAUACCCAGCAAGCAGCAAAUGUUGAAUUUAACCUCAAACAUACUCAACGGUGCUCAUUGUCCAUCAUAUAGACGCCCCCCUAACUGUUAAAUGAAGACACUGCGCACAGAGCAGGCUAACACUGGUUAGCAUGCUAGCUCCCACCUCUCCUAUUUUAAGCUCUUUGUUUGCUAGGCUCCGAGCCUGCUAGCUGAAUGCUAAUCCCCAUACGAGCACUAUAAGUAGCCUCUGAGUGAAGCUAACACCGCUACAGUGGUACACAUUUGAUGUGAAUCACCUAGACAGUAAAAUGCUGUCUUCUGUACUCGUAUCGUAAAAGAAAGGCCAGUCUUUUUUAUUGUAGUAGCUAAUGUUGUUGAACAUGAAGCUAGCUGGUGUUAGCAGAGCUAACAGCUAGCUCAGCUGUCUUUGAGUCCACAUUAUUCUGUUCAGUAUCAAAGCAGACCUGCUGACGGUCUUUAUCCACCCUGUCUGUCCAAAUAUCACCAAGCAGAAAUAUUUAAAGUCGGUAUUUUAUCCCUAACCCCUGAUUUGGUUGUUAGGAGGAAGGUUAGGGAGCAAGAUUCUGAUCCAAAAUCUCUGAGACCACAUCUCUCAGAUCUGGACUCGGAGAUUCUGGAAAGACCACAGACUACUUUAAACACAGUUUUAGAUUUAUGAAGCCUUUCCUAUCUUUGUGAAUAUGCAAAAAAAUGUGUUUUCACUGCUUUGUCCAGUGCUGACUUCUUUGGGGUCGUUCCUGAUCCAAAACCCCAGAUCUGGACCAGAUGGUUUCAGAGAGGCUACAGGCUCUUCACAACACGUUUCAGAUUUGUGAAACCUUUAUAACAUCUGCCAUCACCCCCCUUGUUGCCUAUUCUCAAAUAAAAAGAAAGUUUGGGGAAUCAUAAGCUGUGAUUUUACCCGUCUUUCCAGCCUCAGCCACAUUGGACCGGAUUUUAAUUUAGGACCACAACACCCAGGCUUCAAAGACCUGGACUAGAUUAUGCCAGACAGGCUACAGACUUGUCAAAACUCAAUUUCAGCUUCACGAAACCUUUAUUCUUUUUGUAGAAAUCUAUGCUGUGAUUUCACAAAUAGAACAAAGGUUUUAUUAAUCUGAAACAGAAGUUUCAAAGGUCUGGAUCCUCUCUGAAAUAAUUUAGGCCACAUCUGAGAAGACUAGGUGCUGUCCUCUGGUAGUCUUACGUAAAAGGAGAGGUAAAAUUGCUAGUUUUUGCAUUUUCACAAAUAAAGUGAAGAUUUCACUGUCACGAAACCCUGUUUGAAAAGUCUGUAGACUCAAAAACAGUUCAGUUCUGGCAAAUCUACAUUAAGUGGUUUGGGAUCAAGACCUAGUUUCCAUCAUCUUCAACAUACGAGCCAAAAUAAGAGCUGCACAUAAGAUGAGAUUUUGGUGUUGCCAGAAAUGUUAAUACAAAAAGUUAUAUGAGCAUCACAUGUGACCUUGAAAACAAACGUUAAACACUUAAAGCAAGCUGGAUCAUGGAGGGUUAAUUUCAUGUCAGAUAUUAUGGAUUUGAUUAUAGGCUGCAUCUGAUCUAUCAUGUUGGGCUAAAGUAAAACGUAUGUAGAAAUAAAGUGUGCUUUUCUCCAGUGUUGUGGCUCAAGUCAAGGGCAGAGGAUUCACAGCUACUUUGCUCUGUUUCUCUGUUUUUGCCAGUAAGGUCCAUGAGCUCUUCACUUAAAUAGACGUUUAUGGUCAGCUACAGGGAACAAAGAUAAAACCUGAAUUAACAAAAAUUCUUUAGAUAAACAGGAUUCACAUCCAACUUUAAGUAGGGUUUGUACAGAUAAAUUAUAAAGUUAAAACAUAUAUACAUGUACUUGUUUUUCGCAGAGGCCUACAGGAGUAUCCUGAAAUAUCUCCUUUUGUUCUUUCAACAGUUCAGAACCCAAAGACUCUGUAGUUACUAUCAUAAAGCCAGAGCAAUGCAGCAAAUCCUUACUGGUACAAACCUGAAACUAACAAAUGUUCAAAAAACAAUAUGGACCAAUUUUUAAUGUAUUGAUAGAAGUAUUUUAAGAGAUGCAUCCAUAGUGAAAUUCAGGGCAGAUACUGAAAACCAGGUUCGACAUGAUUGUUCAGCUAAUAGUCAAUUCAGAUACCUGUGUUUCGCAUUUCAUAAUUUCUUUUAUUUCUUUGUCCUUUUUCAAAUGAGCGCUGAGAUUUGAUGUAAUUCAGAUGUUGCUCGUAGCUUUUUGUGUUUUUGAUGUGACAGGAAUGGGUCUUGAAAACUGCAUGUCGCUGGUCUAUCUCAAAGACCAGAUAAUACUCCCACACAGCUGAUGUUUUCUCUUAUAUUUGACCACUAAAACAAAUCAGUAUGUCCAAAACAGGACUUUUCUGUCCAAGAAAACCUCUCAUCCUUGGAUUAGCAGGUUAACUAGAAUCCCAGCAUGAGACUUAUGUGGAAAAGCUGCUGUGAGUUAAGAAUAAACAUCAGUUACUGACAUUGGUGCAUGGCACAUCGUGAUCCACUGUGAUUGUGUGUCAAAACUGACAGACACAGAUGCUUAACUGAUAUAUUUCAGCAUUUACUAACAAUCUAUGCCAUAAAAGACAGUGAACCAUUAUGACUGAGGCCAGAAAAAAGAUAUUUAAAAUCGAGUAAAACAAGCCAAGAAAAAUCAGAGGAAAAAAAACUGUUCGAACAGUUUAACAAAAGGCAGCUGUACUUGGUGAGUCUGAAUUCCAAAUUUUAAAACAGCCUCUAGAGACCUGCACCUUUUUUGGAGUUUGUUCCAGAUUUGUGGUUUGAUAUAUGAGGAUGUUAAAAAUGACUAAAUGAUAGAGAAAUAAUCUGCAACAUAAACUGAUACAUAACAUUUGAGCUUUGCCAAAAGCCAAAGGAAUACCUGCACAUUUACAAAAACCUAUCAGGCCCAAAUUUAGCAGCUGCAGAGGAUGUGCGUGACAGGAAGCAGUUUCGUGGGGCUUCCUCUGAUUGAAUCCGUAGCUGCACUUCACAAUAUAAAGACUGAGCCUUUUAUUUAGAUCAUUAAUAACAUUAUGAACACCUGAGCAAUCUAAUGCAACCUAAAACUACAGCUCUCACCUUUACGAGGCACGUAUGUUUUUGAUUUUUCUUGACAUGGCUUGACAGGAGAAUUGUGUUCCUUAGAUUCAAUUUUGAUGAUGUAGUGGGUGUUGGUGAUGCACCUGGGUGCAAUAUGUUGAAAAAUAAGAUGUUCCUCAUACUUUGCUCCCUUCAUGUUUUGUUAAUUAAAUGGCAAAAUAUGAGUAACACCUUUUGAAUACUACACACACUUGUACACCACCACCACCGCUCACAAGGUUUUUUCAGUAUUGCAUAAAAAGAGAAGAUAAUUGCCUGAUUACAAACUAAAUAUUAUGAAGCCUCCUGAAAGUAGAUUUACAUUGCAUCAGAUAAAAAGUCAUUUAUUUUCCAGUGUGUUGGAAUUUUGUCUUAAACAUGUCUAAGUGCUCUUCUAAGGCUGUUUUCAUUUCUAGUACAUCUACAAAUAGUCUGAUUACUUUUUAACAUCAAUCUUUAACUAUUAUUUUCAUAAAGAUUCGUCAAAUGUCACCAUUGCAUUACAGAAAAAAGAGGCAACGAGAGAACAAGGAAAGAAAUCUGUCAAUUUAGCAGCUCUUAGUGAAUUUUAAUAGAUGUAAUCAAGAAUAAAAAAGAAAGUAUAAAAUGUCAGUGAAUAAAAGGUCAUUUUGAAAGUCCUGCAAACAACGUUUCCCAUCUCAGUUUGCAUAUAUUUUUUCUGUAGCUGUUCAAGUUAACUAUAAGUUUUAUCGAUUAUUUCACUGAGGUUAAGUUGAUUGCAGUUGAAGUUGAAGUCCUGCAUACCUACACAUGGCAUGAAUAAAGACCAAAAGGGCAGCCAGAGACGGAUUAAAAUGUUCUCUGUGAAUUGUAGCUUCUUCUGAAAGACAGUUGUGACACCGUUUUAAGAUCAAAUGUUCAUGGAGUUGCCUGAUUAGUUAAAUGAGGUUUUUCAAAAUUUGAAUCCUCGUUAAUUUUUUGCAUGACAGGUAUCUUCUGCUGAACACAGAGCAGACAGUGAAACUGCACGUUUGUCCAAAACUGUGCAGUCUUGUUCUUAAUCUUUGCAAAGGUCCAAAAAGAUAAUAGAAACACAUUUUUGAUUGUUUCACUGUUGAUGGGAAUCUGCUGAUCUCCCUCUCCAAGGCGCUGUCUCUCUGGGUUGAUCUGUCUUUGUAUGUCUCCGUCUGCGUGUUAAAAGGAGUCUGUAUUUUGUUUCAGGUGUUGGAGAACUUCUCUGACGCACCCAUGACUCCCAAACAAAUCCUCCAUGUCAUCCAGACUAAGGGGCUGAAGGAGAUGCGGUAAGAAGUCACAGCCUCACAUGCAAACACAUGCAUAUGCACAUCCCAGUUGACUGUAAAAGCAUCAGCUGCUGCUGUUACCAGCACCUGCAGCUUUCCUCUUGACCUGAUUGUAGUAACAGUGUCUGAUAUAGCACAGCUGUAUAUGCAGUGUAAAAAAACAGAACAAACAAAAGAAGGUGUGGUCACACUGUAGGCUUUAUCUGUUAUUGACUCCAUCCUUAGUGUAUCAUCACGUUAAAUAUAACUCAUUUCUCUAGUUAAUGCUUUUUUGGUAAAGUUAAGGUGCACUGUUAGUAAGUGAUCGAGGUUACCUUUGAGGAACUCUGCCAUGUCAGGUGUGGAUAACCAGGAUUUUUAUUUCUCUUUCUUGUGUCUGUAGCAGUCAGUGAGCUGAUCACUUAGCGGCACAUGCUUGAGGAACAUGUCAAUCACUGUGUCUCUAACUGAACUUUUUCAUUUCGUUUCACAUGAAUUUCAUCUUUCAUGGGCCACUUGACCUGCUGCUGAUCUGAACAGGAGGUAAGUUGAAGUACCUGUAUUGCAUACUUUAUUGAAUACCUCCAAAACUGCGAGGAGAAAAAGAGAGAUCACCUGCUAGUUUACUGAUAGUUGAUGGUGAUCUAAUGCAGAUAAAUCAAAGGGAUUGCAAAUGUACUUGGAAAGGACGCUCAAUUGUCCUCUUUGUGUGGUAAACACUGGUGAUGCAUCCUCAACUGCAAAAACCUUUACCACCCGCAACCAUGUCUGAGCGCCUCUAACCAGCUACAGCUGUAACAGAUGGAAUGAUAUUAUACCGGAGAAGUCACAGGGCAUUAAAGCGUACUAAAACUGUGUAUUUGUGUGCAGUGGUACAGCUCCUCUGGCCUGCCUGGUCACCAUGCUGCACUCCCAGGUGAGAGGAGACAGAGUCAAAAACAGCAUCUUCUUCAAGUUGCCUGGACGGAUGAGCCUGUUCACCCUCAAGGUACUUAAAAAAUGUGACCAUUUACAUUCUUGACACUCUUCACAUAGUUCAAUCAAAUUUAACUUUAAAUACUUAAGAGUAGCAGUAGAUUCAAUGCACAAAAGUCUUAUAUGUAUUCUUCACGAUCUGUAGAAGAACGCCCUCCAGUGGACAAAGAACACACCAGAGACAGAGACGCCAACAGAGGCCACCGGAAGUUCCUCUGCUCCAGCUUCAAGCAGCAGCACUCCCGCGGCAGGCUCGGCUGUAGCCUCUGCCGGACCCGCUGAAGCCACCGAGCAGGAGAGCUGCGACUCCACUGAGACCACUGCUGCUGCAAGCGGAGACAAUGAUGGUAAUGAUACAUGUCAGUUGUUUCAUACUCUGAAAAGAUGGGUGGGUAAGAGCAGUUGACUUGACGAGAAUGAACCUGCAAGAUGCUUCUGGUACAGAUUUGCUGAAACUGCCCCUGUAGAACUGGCUUUACAUCGAUGUCUAACAGCAGUUUUGGAAAGCAGCUUCAGCCCAGAUAGAAGCUGCUGUCUCAUGAAAGCUGCUUUGUUAGGAAGUGUUGUUUUUUUGUAGUCAUUCCAGCUGCAGUGUUUGCCCGUUAGCUGUGAAGUAUGGAGGUAAGCUCCCUGAGAGGCAGAAUGUAUGUUUUCAGCAGAUAUCUAACUCUUUCUUCCUCACGUUAAAUGCUGACAACAUGAAAUGUGCUGAAUCCUGCCGGAUCAUUUUGUAAACGCUAUUAGAGGGUCUCUGAUGUUUUAUCAGUGUUUGUGUCAGAGUGGAGUUGUAAAUGCAUUUCUUAUUUCUGCUUUGAAGCCUCAGUGGAUGAAAGCUCAUCCAGCGCCUCCUGCUCCACCGAGCCGCAGCCUCCAAUCAACCAGCCACAAACCCGCCUCAGCAGGUCAGCAGGACAGCAGGGACGUACAGACACGCAGCAGACCCAGCAUGCUCCACACGCUCAGACCAGACUGAGCCGCUCGAGACAGGUCAGCAAACCGCAGGAAGCCACAGGUCACUCCAUGGUCACAAUACUUGAAAUUAUAAUAAUGAACCCAUCCAGGACUUUAGAGACCUAUAGGGGGCUCAUGUGGCAGGUGGUUGUCAGGAUUUUCAGGUAAACAUUUCUAUCAGUUGUACUGACUUUAUAACUGUGCUUUACAGUCAGGAAGGCAGAGGAAGAAAGCUGUCAUGAUGCCUCGGGUUGUCCUCACUCCUCUGAAAGUGAACGGCGAGCAUGUCCCCUCAGGUGAGAAUCGUUGUAUUUGCAGAGACAACAAAAGAAAGUCAAAAUUCAGGAGGUUCAGAAUGCUUGAGCUUCAAGUUGGAUGUUCUUGUUGAAUCUGUGGUGUUGAAUUUUUGUGUUUCUGUGGCAGGGCCCAUGAAAAGGAGUCGAGGAGGUGUGGAUGUAGACUUUGAAACACCGGGAUCUAUCCUGGUCAACACCAACAUCAGAGCUCUGAUCAACGUGCGAACCUUCUCUGCCUUUCCUGCACAUUCACAACAGCAACUGCUGCAGCUGCUGCCGGAGGUGGACAGACUGGUAUGUUAAGCUUUUAGCUUUGAUAUUUCUAGUGUCAAUACUUACUUUGAUAUAAAUAUUAAAUGCAGAAUUUAAAAAAAGACCUCUAUGUAAAAUAUUGCAGGUUAGACACAAUCAUCCCAAUCAGUUUUUAGUAUCUCUCUGAUUAUGGUAUUAAAAUCUGAGAAUGUGGAAGCUUUCCUGAAAGAACGAUUUUGUUAGAGCUGUUACAUUGUGUUGUGUAACAUCCCAGUGGCUAAUUGGUGAAAGGCCAGAAGUGAAUCUUUAGAAGUCAAUAAAACUGGAUGCAAGAUUCGACACGCACAUAAAAGGUAGUGUAGUGAUGGAGGGGAUGUGACAGACAACACAGCAGCAGGGGAAACAGUGGCAGGAAGUUUUAAAGACAGACUGAUGGACCAAGUCAACAGUCUACCUGAUGAGGGAUGAGUUCAGCUGUAUUAGCUGUUGCAGAACUAAAUUGAUACAAGUCCAGGCACAGAGGAAAACUUUGGAAAUACUGGAGUGGCAGCGAUGUUGCGUCCUGAACUGCCUCAGGAAUUAAUCACUUCUCGUCCACUGGGACCAAGUAUUGACAUCACAGUAACCUCAGUCACUUCUACCAUACCUCAUCUUUACCUGUUGUUGCAUACAGCUGGAGCUCUCUGGUGAUCUCUUUUGUGGUGUCCUCCAGUAAGAUAAAUAGUGCAUACAGUAGCCAAGCAUUUGAUGGAGGGAACUGUGUGCACGAAUUCAAAGUUAAACAGCAACAACAGCAGCCUUUGUCUGGUUAGUGUUGGCAAUCCGACAGCCGGCAAAUUAAUUUACUGACAUGCACUGACUUCAUAACAAGAGAAAUCUUCCCAGCAUCUUGUUGUAUUUUGUUUUUACUGAAGACUUUUCCAGAAGCUCUUUCUAUCUGCCACAGAGGAGAUAUUUGUCCAGCUCAGAUUUUUGUUUUGGAGUCUGUGGAAAACUGAACUAAUGUCCAUUUCAGAAAAUCAGCUUAGCUGCUGUUUGCGACUGUGACAUUUUAAACUUAAAUGGCAAAGCAGUUACCACAUACUUUCAGCACAACAUUAUGUUUCAGAGGUCACUCCAAUGUGUUAACCUAUUUGUACUGCAGGUUUUAAAAAAUGUCUCUCCUUGCAGGUCGGAUCUGAUGGUAUGGCCCGACUGAGCAGUUCAGCUCUCAACAAUGAGUUCUUCACCCACGCCUCCCAGAGCUGGAAAGAGAGGCUGGCAGAGGGUACGUCACCAGACAAGCUGCCAUGGAAUAAUUUAGAAAUGGUGGCCGUCUAAUUUGCCAAAAGGUUGCAGUACUUUUUAUAUGUGGCAGUUCAAAGUGAUAAAAUGUUUCUGCAAGGCCCAUCGGGGACGUGAUUCAGAGACUGCAGUAUCUAGAUGUAAUGGUGCCAUUUUCCAGGAGCGUUUCCAUACCUUAACGCAAGUGAAUAAUAGCAGCUAUCAUAAACAACUAUGCAGGUUUCAAUGCGAAAAUGGCUGUGUUAUUGAGCUCCUUUUCAAACUUGAUGUGUUUGGUUCAGGUGAGUUCACCCACGAGAUGCAGGUGCGAUUCCGGCAAGAAAUGGAGAAAGAGAAGAAGGUUGAAGCAUGGAAGGAGAAGUUCUUUGAGGAGUACCACGGGCAGAAGUAAGAGCAACCUUAUUUUAUUCACAUUUGAAUUAAUACCUCACACAAUAACCUUCUUUUUCUAAAAUAUUGAUCCAAAAGUAAUCAUAUUUCUUUGCUAAGCUGUCUUUCUUUAGUUUUGUCUUCAAGUAUGAGCUUACUCACUGAUGGUGUUACUUUGAUAUGGGGAAAACUUUCAUAAUGAGCUGAACUCUUGUUUUGCUUCCUGCAGGUCUGGCCUGACAAAGGAAGAAUCCCUGAAGCUGAUGGCGGCUGAAGCCAGUGAAGUUGCAGCCACUGUGCUGGAUAGUGAUGUAGCUGUGGUUGCAACACCGAAGCGACGCAGUGUUGGCCGGAGAAGGAGAGAUGGGCGGAUGAGGAGACGCACACGAGCUGAUCUGCGCCGCAGGGCUCGCCGUACCCUCUGCAAGGCCACUCCACCAGCCCUGCAGGCCGCAGAGACACCAGAGGCCACCGCUGCGCUGGACAUCUCUGCAGUCUCCAUCGGCUCCCCCAUGUCCGACAACACAGUGGUUCAGGGUGAGGUGGUGCUGCAGGCUGAGUGUGGCGUGGAGCUCCCAGCUGAAAGCACCACCAUUGAGCCGAAAGCCUCUCCUGCUCCAGAGCCUGUCACAGUACCAGCCCCCACUCCCACGCCUACCCCAACACCAACACCAACACCAACUCCAAGCCCCAGUCCCAGUCCCGCUUCCACCAGUGCCAACGAAGAGCCGGAAGUCACACCUCGCCUGCUCCCAGAGGAGGCUGCACCUGUCCUGGCCUCCACUUCCUCCCCCUCCUCCUCGUCCUCCUCCUCUUCUUCUGCAUCUUCACCAGCCUCCUCACCCUCCUCACCUUCAGACAGACAGGGAGCUUUUGCAGCAGGCUUGGACUCCUCUUCAUCCUCCUCAGCGUCAUCCAGCGCUGCAGUUGCAGCCGAUCCCCUGGAUGACACCGCCUCCGUGGUCACCUCCAUCACAGGGGGCACCGCCACCAGCAGCCGUGAGAGCAGCCCCUCAGCCAGCCCAGCCACCACCCCCGUCCCCAGCUCCCAGCUCAAGGAGAAGAGGAGGACCGACGAGACCCAGGCCUUUUCCAGCUUUCCCGAAAAGAGGCCGCGGCUGGAUGACCGUCAGUCCUUUCGUACCACAAUUGACGGUGUCCGUACGGAGAAGCCGCAGCCGACAACAGAAGAGCCCAAGGUGCCGCCUAUCCGGGUAAGUUUUAAAUUAAGAAACCUGAGCCUCUUAGCGGGAGUCCUUGUAAGUUAUGAUUUGUUGUAGGCGUUAACUUAAUCACUGUUUCUGUGUCUCCGCUCCAGAUUCAACUGUCCCGAAUCAAACCUCCCUGGGUCAAAGGCCACCCCACCUACCAGAUCUGUCCACGGAUCGUGCCCCCCGGCGAGGGCUCGCGGCGGUCGGGGACGGGGGGCGCGCGCACCUUGGCGGACAUCAAAGCCCGCGCCCAGCAAGCCCGCGCCCAGCGCGAGGCCGCUGCUGCUGUUGCAGCCACUGGCGACGGGACAGGGACGGACGGGGUCCGGCUGCGGCCUGCUGCUGGGCUACCGGAUAGCAGCAAUGGACGACGAGCGCGAGAGCAUCCAGGACCUAUCGAGCCCGGAGGAGGAGGAGGAGGAGGAGGAGGAGGAGGAGGAGGAAGUGGAGGUGGAAGAAGGGGAAGUGGUGGGAUGGAGGAGCAGGGAUCGUCUGCGGGCGCUAAUUCGUCUGGAACACAACUACAGCUUCAUAAUGUAGAGCCUGUGCCCCAGCCGUCUCCUUCUCUUUCCACAACCUCCACCUCCAUGUCCCUGGACCCCCCUCAGACCCCGAGCCCUCCUCUGGAGGAGAUCGCUGGGGGACCAGAAGCUGGAGAGGAAGUAGAGGCUACAGCGACCAGCAUGCAGACUUCCUCUAAUGGGCUCGCAGAGAAGGCUUCUGAGUCGUCCUCUCCAGAGCCUGAUGCUGUAUCGAAGUCCUCUGCCACCCAUUCAGGCAGGCAGAACCAAGUCCCUGCCGCUGCUCCCUCUGAGAAGGCCAACCAGGGUUAUGAAAAACCCCCACUGGUCCCAACCUCCAUCCCAGAUUCCCUGCCCAGGUUUGGGGCUCAGGGUGUGGAUGUUAUCCAGACACUCGCUAGCUCCUGUCAUCCCAAAGAGCAGGUCAAAAGCAAGGAGGCUGGGCUGGGUGGGGUCAUCCAGCAUGGUUCCCAUCACCUGGAGCCCCAGGAGGUGUUUUCUCGCUCAGCUGCAGAGAGAAAGCAGAUGAAUGCAUCCUCACCCCGACACAUGGACUCUUCUGAGAAAGACGAUGAGGCCGGGACACACAGCGAUUCCACAGAAACCGCCUCAGACUGUGAGAACGAGAGUCAGGAGGAUGACCAACACCCAGACCAGGACUGGUGCCCCCAGCUCAGAACUCCAAGAAAUGGUCAGCUGGUUAUCUGCAGCCCUCCCCCUCCACCUCAGAACCAGCAGCCAGUCAUCCAUGCCCACGUAUCCAGCCGCCAAGGUCAGACUGUUAUCCAGCCCUGCUUUCCCAACGGUCUACCCCACCCCCAUCACGGCCGCUCCUACUCUAAGGACCACCAGGCCCUCCCCACAAGAGACGGCAAUGUUGUGGUCAAAAUUGAGCCUGGAGAGGACUGUCGGGUGUCCAAACAGAGCUCUGCUGAAGAUGAGUGCCGUGGAGGUUUGAAGCCUUCUGUUCCUCACCAGGGUUCUUCUGCUGCUGCCAAGAGACCGCCCAGCUCAGCCAGACCAGUAUCCAGCGUGGAGGCCAACAACCCUUUGGUCACUCAGCUCCUACAGGGAAGCCUGCCCCUGGAGAAAGUCCUGCCCGCACACUCUGGUAACAGGCUAGAGAUCAGCCGGCUGCCGGGACCCCAUCCCAGAUCACCUAUGAUCAGAACCCCAGGUCCACAAGGCAGGCUAGAGAUCUCAGCACAGUCCUCCAGUCCAGAUCUGAUUGCGGCUUCUCAAAACCACAAGUCUCCACCAGGUCGCCCUGUGUCCUGUUUAAUGGAGACACCAGCUGUGUCACAGUAUCAAUCCCAGCAGGCCCCUGGAGCAGUCCCUGUCAUCACCUCUCUGCCCCCCUCUUCCUCCUCCUCCUCCUCCUCCAGUUCUAUCUAUAGAAGUAAAGCCAACCUCAGCUUUCAGGGCACUGUGGAGUCUGCAGUCAUCAAAGACUCUCACGGCCCUCAGCCCUCACAGGGGGCAACUCCAGACAGGCUAAACAACUCCCACCGCACCCUGCAGAACGGUCCCUCUCCUACCCAUGCAGACCCAUGUCCCACAGAGGUGGUGCCGACUAUCAAGAUCAACUGGCGCCCCACACAGUCUCAGCUCCCCCUCUCUCACACACAGCAGCUGUCUCCUGCGUCCUCUGUGAAGAAUGAAGUGGGUGUUCGGCCAUCUUGCCAGGCCCUGGCCAAAUCCUCCCCUACUAAACCCCUCAGUAUUACCAAAAAGGAGCCCGGCAGCUCUGACGGCUACCUGAGCGGAGGGGCGAUGGAGGGACUCCUUAACAUGGAGAUGACUUUCGCCAGGAUGGCAAAGAAGGAGCACAACAAAGCUCCCUACUCCUCUGGCUCCCCCUGCUCCUCUUCCUCCCCAUCACCCUCCUCCUCCCUUCCCUUCCAGCUGUACGGGAAGCUUCCGAAUAAAGGCGGAGGAGUCAGCUACACGGCCAACGUGUCAGUGAUGGACAACGGCAGUUUCUCCCGCAGCAUGGCUGACAGUGUUCUUCAGCUGCGCCCUCGCCUGACCUCCACCCAGGCCACCCUCAGCAUCCAGGCCUUUACUGACAGUACGGCGGAGGAGGUGGCGCUCAAGUGCUCGUGCCGCCUCAAAGCCAUGAUCAUGUGCCAAGGCUGCGGUGCCUUCUGCCAUGACGAUUGCAUCGGGCCCUCCAAACUGUGCGUGUCGUGUCUGGUGGUCAGAUAGUAUGUUGGCGUCCCCGUGCACUGUAGGACUGCGAUCUGUACAGCAUCAGCAGCAGGACUGGGGGGCUCAGAGUGUACAGGAGGAGCCUGACAGGCAGGACUUGCCUUGUAUGAUAUAUUUGGUCUGUAUUUUUCGUUGUUGCAGAUUUUCAGAUUUUUUUUAGCUGUAUUGAUAUAUUAUUAUUAUUGUUAUUAUUAUUAUUGUUGUUGUUAUAAUUAUUGUGAAUUUGGGGCAUGAUUGAUUGUAAAUUGUGCCUUUUUUUUGUUUUCUCUCCUCAAAAAACAUUUACCUCAUCUUAUCUCGCUCCACCUGUCAUCAUUUGGUGGCCAUCAUUGUUUUGGUCCCUUGUCUCCUCAGUGAACAGGGACGUAUUGUUGUCUCUUUGCGCAAAGAAGUAUUUUUUUAACCAUUAAAAUGAGUAAAUGACAUUGUUUCACUGAUCUCUGUCUCACUGAAGACCUCCUUUCUUGUGCACGUCUAAACCAGGUUUCUGAGAAGCCCUGAAGAACAGUCAGAUUGAUCGCUGCACUUUCAUGCAAAUAUGUUCAUGAAGCAUAGUUAGAGCUGCAACCUGAUGACUGCUACAGGGUUCCUGGAGUCCUUUACAGCAGCUUGUGUGCUGCGCUUUUUGAUAGACUUUUUAAAUCUUUGAAAAACACAAAAAUCUGUUCGCCCAGUGGUGCAACAUUAAGUUAGUAAAAUAUAUAAAUAUUAUAAAAAUUGUUGAAACAGUCAAUAGUCAGUAGUGAAACAGUGUUUUUGAAAAAUUAUAUUGAAGGCACAGUGAGGUGUUUUUGGAUGAAAACUGAUGCUUGAGCAAAGUGAUUGAUAAUCCCAUGAAUGCAGGAAAAACACUGAGGGGGUAGAUGUCAGAGCAGUUGAUUGACAGCAGGUUUAAAAAAAACAGCCUUUUUUGACAUUACCCACAGCAAAUACUCAGAGUGAUACAUUUCACUCUAGAAAGACAAAUGACUACUUUCACAAGUACAGGACAAGCCAUCAGGGGUUUGACUUUCUCCACAAGGGUGCCAAAAAAUCAACACAAACUAACAGAUCAAGUUACUAAUGGCAGCUUUAAUGAGGACUUGACUUUGACUUGCACUCUGACUAGUCAGGCUUGACUGGGACUCGAGAGUUGGGCCCAGUCCCAAAUCUCCACUCAGUACUGUGUGUGCAUAGUGACACACUUAAGUGACUUUUUGCCUUUUGUGUGUAUGCAUGUAUGAUGUGGUGAAGAGUGCAGGAAUUUUUAGAAGUAGUUGAAACACUUACUGACUCCUGUCUUCAUCAUGCAGGAGACUAAAAAGAUAAGGUUAAGACAGAAUCUGCUUGUUCCGGCAUCAUUGUAGGAAUGUAUUUUAUACUGUAAGAAAUAACAGUGAUGAUGUAGUUAUGGCUUACAUUUGUUUUUCACACUAUCCUGUUUUCUUAUGCGUGCUCACUGUGAAGUUUUCAGCUCGAUCAACCAUGCUGUGUGGGCAUGGUUAAAAAAAAUACAAACAACUAAUACAAUUGAUUUCUCAGCAUCUUUGUGUUUAAAGAUACAUGUAGUAAUAGGUACAUCACCACCAUUUAUUAUUGGAAAGCUAUUAUUAGCUCAUGUAUAGUUACAUUUUCUUCUUGCAUCAUUACUUCCUCAGUGGUACAUAGUGGCACUUGUGGCACAGAAUUCAAUGGGAAUAAACACUGACAUAAUGCAUUGUGGGACUUGCAGUGCUCAGCUGCAGUUUCAAAGUAAGUACAGAUAAAGUGCACAUUUGAUUGUUGGAGGAGUGAGACACUUGAACACUGACACUAAGCACAUGAAUGUGCACUCUAAGUAAGUGUGAGAAAGGGUGCAUAAUGGGACAGCCUCCCGGUCCUCACGUGGGUGGACAUAACUGGUCCACGCAUGGACACAGAGCUGCAAAAAUAGAAUGUGAAAACCGACAGAGAUUUAUGGACAAGCUCUAAUCUUUAAAAAACUAAUAAAGUCCGAUUUCAUACCCUGCACAAUCUUUGGAAAGGCUUACAGAGUCCAGUAUCAAAGAAUGAACGUACCAUAAAGGAAUCACAAACUCACUGCCAGUCCAAUCCACAUUUACUGCGGGUUAACCUUUAUUUCAAGAGCAACUUAAAGACUAAUCCAUACACAGCCAUCAUUAACACAUGGACAAUACAAAAUAAAUAUUCACCAUCACUUUGUUCUUCAUCACCAAAUAAAUACCAAAUAUGUGCAGCUCAUUAUUCCCAGUGUAUUGCAAUGUACUCAAAAUAGUUUGUGAAAAUAAAAAGGAAAAAUCAUAUAAACAUAAGAACCAAAUAAACAACCAAAAAUCUUUAGAAAAUUAUUAAAAAACUUUCAGUUACAAAAUAUUUGCACUUAAAAAGAUUCCAGUAUUUUAAAUAAAUAAUAAGAUAUAUAAAACAAUUCAUAGUUGAUAUCUUAAAAUAUCUCCCCUUUGUUCAACAAUGCAGAGGAAAUGAUUCCUGUCUCUUGGUUUUAAAAUCUUCUCAGGUAGCGAUUUUAAAUAACACAAAAGUUAAUAAAUAGAUAAUGAAUAAUAAAUAGGCCAAAGAAUAAAAAAUAAAUACAGCAGACAUGAAUGAAUAAGAUAGUAAACCAACAUUUGCAAAGGACUUAAAUAGUUACACAGCAAUAGUAAGAAUGAAUCUACAAACUAGUCCUGGAGGUGCAACAUCACUAUGCUCAUAUAGAAUACUAUCAACAUUAUUGAGUGGAGAUGGGACAUGUUCACUAACUAAGAGGAUCUGCUCAGCUAAGGCUGUAUACUGCACUCCUGAUUUUGUUCUGUUUACACCCUCGCUCACUCACAGUAACGGUUUGAUUCCAGUGUGCCACCGCACGCUAUACACCCACGCCCUCGACUCGUCACACAUACCAUCAAAAAAGCAACAUGCAAACAAAUGCAAAGAACAGAUGAUUAAGAUCCAAAUGAGGAGAAUUAAUUACAUACAGUAUCUAAAGGGUUUGGAAAGAAAAGAUUGGAGUUGUAACUGUGAAGCCCCCCCCCUUCUCCUUCUCCUCCUCCUCCUCCUGUCCAUCACACUUCAAUGCCCUUCACUGCCUGGUUGAUGGACUCCAGCAAGGCCCGGUUCUCGGGGUUCUGGUAGCAGUCUUUAUUGGUAAACAUGUGGGUCAGGGUCUCUAUGUAGCUGUCGAAGUUCUGCUCAGACAGCGGCUCCUGCUGAAUAAAAACAUAACCCAAAAUUACAGUCCUUGCCAAUGAAUUAAAGAAAUGUGUCCCAGUUCAUACCAAAGACUGGAAAUUGUGGGAUGACUCAAAAACUUAAAGAAACCUCUGUGCCCCCAAGCUUGAAAUCCAACCUAUUGCUCACUGCAUUAACAGUAUAAAAGCUGUUUUUUAGACAGAGUUUAUAAGCAAAUAAAGCUUUGGAGUCAGAUGGAAUAUGAUAUGAUACAUACAAUAGGAUAUGUUAUGCACUAUAUUCCUGGUUAAGGGUAUUUGUCCUGAACUCAAGUAUUGCACGGGUUCAGUCACAAUUCUGUGUUCUCAAAAACUUUUAGUCAAACUUGAUUUGAUUUGGUCAAAUCAAAUUUCUGAUUUGACCAAAUCUUGAUUUCUGAUUUGGUCACAAAUAGGACCUGGCAAAAUGAUUAUUUUCUACCUGCUUUUUUAGCACCUCAGAGAGCUCAAAGUUUCGAUUGUGGGAGGGAAGCAGCCCUGGGGCAAUCAUCCCAGUUAAAGCCCUUCGUUUAUCCUCACCAUUGUUGGCAGGCGGAUGUUGGUCAGGCUGCGGAUCAGUGCCUGACUCAGACCGGACAGCUCGAGAAACAAGGCCUCAUUUUUCUCCUCGAUCUGUUUGUUCUCCUCCUCCAUGUUCUUCAGGUUCUUCUCCAUUGAAGAGAUCUGAAACAGAACAUGUUACAGUUAUUCAUCUCUACACUUUGUUGUUGUUUCCUCUGAUCAAACCUGCAGCCUUAUGAGCAAUACCUGAGUGUGCAGGUUCAUCAUGUCAGCCUCCAUCUCGUUGUUAGACUCGCUCAGCUCAUUGAUCUCCUUGUUGAGCUGCUUGAUAUCCUCGUCAUUGUCCAGAACUGAGUGAUAGUAGCGGCACAACAUUAAUAAAAUGUAUUUACAGUCAUUACUGCAGUCAACAGAAAGAAGCUGAUUUAGCCAGAAUGUAUGUGUAGAGGGUUUUUAAACUGUCUCUUACCAUCACUGGCCCUGAACUUUGCAGUGAUAUACUCGUCUCCGGGUAACUUGGCUCUCUUCUUGUUCGCUGAAGCUCUUGGACAACCUGAGAGACUGAGAAUAGCAGCAGAUCAGGAUCAAGGUUCAUAGAGGCCCACAGGAUCAUUUUGUUCCUGGCCAUUCUAGUGUGUAAAUCUCUUUGGAUUCGCAGUGAGACAGGAUACCUGCGGUGUGUGAGGAAGCUUCCAUUUGCAUGUCCUGAGCCGUCACAGCCUGGUGUCGGGCAGGUUGGGCCCUCGGUUUUGAAGGCCUUCCAGGAGAAAGGAGUACCAUUCAGGAGACCUUCCUUCUGCCGGCGAGCUGCAAGUGGACACCCAUAGGCACUGCGGUGGGUGGCGUAUUUCCCACUGAUGUGUCCCAGACUGUCACAACCAGGAACUGGACACCUGGAGAUGACAAAAAGAGGAGUGAAGAGACAUUACUCACAAGUCAAAUAAGGAGAGACCAAUGUCAUGUCUCCAAAUAUCACUUUGGUAAAAGAGCAAUUUAUCUGUAUCUCCUGCCAUCUGAAUUUCUCUCUUCUAAAACAUGAAUGUGUAUUUCACUGAAAUGUGUCCUCAAGGGUAAUCAGAUGUCUUUGUUUGCAAAGCAUAAAUGUCCUGAUGGUUGUGCAAGCACCACAAAGCACCAAAACUGAAAGAAUUUUCAAUAUCUGACUUGCAGAAUUAUACCCAGUUGACUUCAUGAGGACUAGUCUGUUAGAUCUGAGUAAUUUCUGAUCAGUUCCAUUCAAAGGUAAAAGGUCAAUAACCUAAUAAAACAUUAACAUAACGUUUCAUGAGGAUAACUUUGGCAUUCUUUGAUGCGUUAUUUCUCAGUGAUCAAUUUUUGGUCAUACUUUCUCAAGAUUUAAUUUUGAUAUUCAAUAUGUCAAAGCAGACACACAUCACACAAUACUUUUAUACAUCCCACCCAAGGCAACAGCUGAAGUUCCGUGUGAUGUUCUCCAUGAUACUGUUGCUAGGAUACAGACUCAACAUCCUGAGGCACUAGUAAUAAUAUCAGGAGACUUCAACCAUGUCCCCCUCUCACCUGACUGACUUUACACAGUUUAACUGUCCUACCAGAAAAAAACUAAACCUUGGACCUGCUGUAUGCCAACUUCAAAGAAGCUUACAGAGCCACUGCCUUACCACCACUGGGCAGGUCAAAUCACAACUUGGUUUAUCUGCAGUUUAUCUGAGAUUCCAGGAAAAUCUUUCCCUUAAGGGAUAAAUUAAGUUCUUGUAUUGCACUGUAUUGUAUUGUAUCUUUAUAUUCUUUGACUGCUAAAAUUUUGAAGUCAAACAUCAUUGCUUUUCUAUGUGGUUCAGUAAAAACCAUAUGAGAUGAUACAACAUGAUUCAGAAAAUGGAAAUAGUACAACACAUUGAGAUACUAUAUGAUACAAUGUGAUAGCAUAAAAUACAUUUGGGUAUGUGAUAUGACAUGAUAUGAUAUGUCAGAUAAUAAGUCCUACCGUGAGGACUUAGAUACGCA